UGACGUCACAAUCAGGGUUUGAGUAUCGACGUCACAAUAAUUGUCCUUCGGCGUUAAUCGUUGCAAAUGGAGGCAGGAUGACAAUGACAACUUACCAGCAAUGUUAUGCCCCCGCUUCCUUCCAUAGUCCUGUCCGUUAUCUCCAGCUCCCCUCCAUUGUGUGCAAGGGAACCCUCCAGCAGCCCCCCAGACAGUUCCCAAUAGAACCUGUAGGUCCCAAGAGACAACAAGAGCGGGACCCCGAGGAGGGGCCUGUACUAGGACUUGGUACAAAAUGCAUCAACACUGGUCGGUUUUUGGAACCUAAAGAAAUUACUGCAAGUCCAUCUCCGAGUAAAAUAACAUGUUCCCUACGAAAGCCGACAGUGGACCGUAAAUGUGUCCGAAGAGUUCGCUCAGAAGUGAUGGGGAGACCAGAGAGUGCUGGUGUUCAUCGGACUAAGUUUGGCCUGAUGGAUUCAAACUUGAUAAACAGGUUAGCUCAGCGGGUACGAUGGACGUCAACAUCCACGGCUGCCGCGGAGGAGGCUUGUCUUAAAUUCCCACAGAUCGAUCCCCCUUCUACAACUUUGGAGAAAAGAGCAGAUAUGGUACGAUCAGUUGGACAGCGAUAUGACCCUGAGCCCAUGGAGUGGCAGAAAGCCGUGUUCUGGGAUUUUGUGCAGAGCCGGGGAGUCAUCCAUCAUGAUGAACUGAGUGAACGAACGUACAGCCAGCCAGAAAAACUCCUGGUGAAAAGGCUUUCCAAAGGAAUGGGAGAAAAACCCCGUAGCAAUACACCAUUAAUACGAAGGCUGGUGAGAGAAGAUCAACUUUCUAAUGUAUUUGUCCGACAGUGUCCGGGUUACUCUGGUUUUGUGCCCAGGACCCCGACAGAAAGCAAACUGGCCAGGCAACCCGAGCCAACGUAUAUGGUCAGCACCAUGAAAGCUAAUUACAGGGAACUUCCUCUUGAAGAAUACAGGAAGCAAGCAUUUGCCAGGAAAGGACCUCUGUCUAAAACUGUCACACUAACCUACCCAUUUAACCCCUACAACAAAGUGUGAUCAUCUAUAUAUAGCUUAAUUUGGUGUCUAUUAUUAAUUUUGAAUGCCAGUGUCUUCAUUUUUGUACAUAAAGUAUUGAAUGUAAAAUAAAUUCUACAAAAAACAGGUUUUCAAUAUAAUUAGAA